UGAUCAAUUCCGAGCUUGACAAAAUCCACAACAGCAGAUGAUGCCCCGAGGACGCAGGGGCUGUUGGACAUGUCGCAUUCGUCACAGAAGAUGCGACGAGUCAUCCCCCGAAUGCAAAGAGUGUAGUACUCGGAGUAUUACCUGCCAUGGAUAUGAUCUUGAUCCACCAGAAUGGAUGAGCAAUGAACGCCUACUUCAAGAAGAGCUUCGGAGGAUCAAAGGUGCAGUCAAGGAGAACUUCCGACGCGUCAAAACCAUUCAGAAUCGCCAACUUGCUCGGUCCACGGCUGAAGCAGCACAAGCCUCGCGUGCUAAAGAAAAUCCUCGGUCACGAUGUAACGAAACUACCAAUCCAACUCCAGUCGGUUCUUCGGCUACGAAUACCAUAUUUAGAGAGGCGCAGUACCUGGUACACUACCUCGACUACAUCUUUCCGAUCCAGUAUGCCUUCUACGUCGACGCGCCAGAUCAAGGCGGCAGAGGAUGGCUCUUUUUCCUCUUGGAACGAAACGCACCACUUCGCAACGCAGCCCUGACUCUUUCCGCCUUUCAUCAACAUAUCUUCUCACCGUAUCAUACUGAGAAUCAAGAAGACGAGCUUCUCCAAUACCAUACCAAAGCACUUCAAGAACUCCGACAUGUUGUCCGCCAUCGAGACGGUGGCGCUUCUGCUGACAAUAUUGAGGAAUGGCUCAAGUUUCUCGCAGGCGGUAUGUUUUUGAUCUCUUUCGAGGUCUUUCAAGGCGGCACAAACAACUGGCAAGCCCACUUCAACGCUAUCGUAUCCGUUAUCCAAAACCUGACGUCCUCUGACUUUGACUUCGAUGCGUCCGAUCCAUCGAGCCCAGAUUUCGACUUCCAACGAGGCAUGAAUACUGCACAAAAGUUCAUUCUCUCGAAUCUCGUCUGGAUCGAUAUACUUGCGCCUUUGGCUACAAGGACGGCGCCAAAGCUACCAUAUCACGAUUGGUUGAACGCUGGCAAGAUUGACAUGUCAAGAGUCAUGGGCUGCUCCAAUUGCAUUAUGAUCGCGAUUGGUGACAUGAUGGUUCUGAGUGCAGAAGCUAGCAAAAUGGGCAGCGAUGGUUUAGGAAUCGCCAUUAGGGAAUUGGAAAAGCGCAUCAUGGAUGGAAUAGACGCGGCGUUAGAUGAUGGAUCAACGUUGACACCAACCAACCGCUCGGUAACCCACUUCUUCGCAACUGCAGCUCUCAUCCAACUUUAUACUCUUGCUUCAGAACACAACAUCACGUCGCCAGAUCCUCACAGCGCAGUAUCACGAGUCAUCGAAGUGUUAGACCACUUACCUCCGCAUAUUUCCCUACGCGCAACGCCAUGGCCUCUAUGCGUUGCCGGCUCUAUGGCGCUUCCUCCACAAGAACAGUACUUCGACGGCUUGUUGAAGAAACUCAUGGACCAUGCUGAGGCGGGCUUUACUAAUUGUGGUACGGUUUAUAAUGUCAUGAAAAAUGCUUGGAAGCAGCGACGUCGGGACCCAACGAGGCUUUGGAGUGCAAGACAAUCUAUGGAGGAUAUGGGUAUUUGUGCUCUUCUAAUAUGAGCCUUCCAUGACGUCGGGCGGUCGCGCAGCAUCAUCCAAUACAUUGAAGCUAUUUAUUAUUAAAUAAUAUUACCC